AUGACUGCAACUCAUGGCGUUCUUCAUUUCAAUGACAUGCCUGAUGUUCUUCUCUCAAAAAUAUUCUCCUUAGUUUCUGAUACUCGUACUCGCAAUGUCAUUUCUCUUGUGUGCCGUAAAUGGUGCAAGCUAGAGCGAUCAACGCGCACGUCUCUCACUCUCCGAGGCAAUAUUCGUGAUCUCUAUCUUAUCCCUGAUUGCUUUAAAGCUAUCACUAAUCUUGACCUCUCUUUGCUGUCCCCUUGGGGACACCCUCUUUUAGACUCCUCCAAUCAAGCACUUUUUCUUGCCAGACUCCUCGGUAAUUCCUUUCCAGCAGUUGUUUCUCUAACCAUCUACGUUCGAAACCCUUCAACCCUUUAUUUUCUUGCUCCCCAAUGGCCAAAUUUAAGCCAUGUUAAACUUGUUCGCUGGCAUCCGCGUUUUAAUGCUCCUCCAGGGUCUGACUUUCUUCCAUUAUUUGAGCAUUGCCAUUCACUUGCUUCGCUUGAUCUCUCUCAAUUUUAUUGCUGGACUGAAGAUGUACAGCCAGCGCUUGAAGCAUAUCCCACCAUUGCUGCUUCUCUUUUUCAUCUUAACGUCCUCUCUAUCUCUGAGGGAUUUAAGUCUAAUGAUCUUCUAGACAUCACCAGUUCUUGCCCUAAUCUCCGUGAAUUGCUUGCUACAUGUAUAUUUGAUCAUAGAUUCAUUGGCUUUGUUGGCGAUGAAACUUUGAUUUCUAUUGCUUCAAACUGUCCCCGGCUUUCCCUUCUUCACCUUGUUGAUACCACGUCGUCAUCUACUACCUGGGCUGAUCGUGACGAUGACGGCUACGCACCUGAAGAUGCUAUGAUCCGCCAUACAGCACUUGGAGACUUCUUUACAGGUCUUCCAUUGCUUGAAGAGGUAGUUCUUGACGUUUGUAACAAUGUUAGAGACACUUGGCCCGCCCUGGAAUUGCUUAAUUCCAAGUGCCCACGGCUUAAGUCUUUGAAACUGGGCCACUUCCACGGAAUCUGUAGAGCUAUAGAUUCCAGUCCAGAUGGGGUUGCUCUUUGCAGAGGGCUGGGAUCCUUGUCAAUCAAGAAUUGUGCUGAUUUAACAGACUCGGGAUUGAUCGCUAUUUCUCUUGGUUGUUCAAAACUCACCAAGUUUGAGAUUCAAGGUUGCAAGAGGAUCACAGAAACGGGAAUGUGGAACUUUUCUCACAUCCUUCGAAGAACUUUGAUUGAUGUGAAGAUAUCUUUCUGCAAAAAUCUCAAUGCUGUUUCCUCAUUGAAGGCGUUGGAGCCAAUUCAAGACCAGAUACAACGAUUGCACAUAGAUUGUGUGUGGGAAAGUGUUAAGCUACUAGAAGGAGAAGCCAGCAGCUCAAGCGCACUACCUAGUGUUAAGCUACUAGAAGGAGAAGCCAGCAGCUCAAGUGCACUACCUGCCGAAUUCAACAAUUUUCAAAAUGAAAAACGAAGCCUCAUAUCGGAAGAAACAAGCUCGAACAAGAAAAUGAAGCAUUCCGACGGCAAUGGUGGUGAUUUCUGUACAAAAAUUUGGGCUAAUCUGCAAUAUCUUUCCCUUUGUAUUGCUGUUGGUGAGCUGCUGAUCCCACUACCUUUAGCAGGAUUAGAAGAAUGUCCGAUGCUCGAAGAGGUUCACAUAAAAAUUGUAGGUGAUUGUAGGCAUCAACCAAGACCUUUACUGCCGGCAUUUGGGUUAAGCUCUCUUGUUUGCUAUCCUCAGCUUUCAAAGAUGAAAUUAGACUGUGGUGAUAUCAUCGGAUUUGCACUUACUGCCCCGGUCGGGCAUAUAGAUUUGAGCAUGUGGGAGAGAUUUUACUUGAAAGGAAUUGAUGGCUUGAACCUCAAGGAGCUCAACUAUUGGCCUCCACAAGAUAUGGAUGUCAAUCAGAGAACCCUUUCUCUGCCGGCGGCAGGAUUGCUUGCACAAUGUCGAAAUCUCCGGACUCUUAUCGUUCAUGGGACAGCCAAUGAACAUUUCAUGAAGUUCUUUCUCAAGAUACCACCUCUCCGGAAUGUACAACUGAGAGAAGAUUAUUAUCCUGCACCGGAAAAUGAAACAACCACAGAGAUGAGAGUAGACUCGUGCGCUCGAUUCGAGGAUGCGCUCAACAGGCGUCAAAUUCCAGACUAAAAUUUGCUACUUAUAGCGUAA